AUGGUAUUCAUACACAUAGAACAAGCUUUUAUUAAUUCACUGAAUAAACUCUAUGAAAAAGAUGACGAGAAAAAUCAAAAUGAAUCUCAAGCAAUAUUCCCGAUAAAAUAUCAUAAUAAUAAAUCAACAAUUCUACCAAUGAUACAUAAUGAUGAAAUAACCAGUAUGGAUUGUUUCUAUUAUUUAUGGAAUCUUUUCAAUGUAACACCAUUGGAUUCUGAUAAUUUCUCUAUUGGACGCGUUGUCAUGGAUAAAUAUUGUUUAUUUCAAUAUUUUAGUCAAGAAAAAUGUUGUUAUAUUUGGUUUACAAAACAUCCACCUAAUAUUGACAAUCGAAGUAUCAAUUCAUUAAUAUUCUUCUUAGAAUCAUUUAUUGAAUAUAUAUUGUUUCAAUCAAAUUUAGAAAUUCAUUAUAUGGAAUCAUUAUCUUGUUUAAUACUGUUAUCAUGGUGGAAUAUUUCAUUUGGUCAUUUAAAAUCUUAUCAAAUUAUUGCCUAUGAAUUAUAUCAUGUAUGGAUUCGUUUAAUGCCACGAUUAGUUGAAAAUGCAUCAUUGAUUAUUGAACAAUUUUGUAAUUAUCCGGAACAUUUAAAUUUGUUUAUCAUAAAUCUGUUACGUAUUUACGUAGAUCAUCAUCAUCAUCAUCAUAGUUUACACAAAGAAACUAUAUCGCAGUUGUCUUCUAAAGAUCCUGCUUCUCAAAUGACUGGUAUUCAUGCAUCGGUAAAUAUGCAUAGUUUAAGUGAAAUUUAUUGUAAAUCUAUUGAACAAUUGAAUAUGAAAAAUCUUCCCGUUACAGAUACAUCAAAUUGUACUCAAUCGAUCAGUACUGUUUGUUUAGCAAUUAUUGAGAUUUUAAAAAAACUUAUACGCUUAGGUUUAGCUAAUUGUUUAAAACAAAAUCCUGAUUUACCUAUUAUAUCAUAUGCUGAUGAACAAAUUAUUGAACGUUUUAAUAUGACACGAAAUUAUUUACUUGUUCGAGCUUCACGUUUAUUAGCUUAUGAAUUAGAGUCUAGUGUGAAUGGUACUUAUUUACCGAAACAAUUCACAUGUUUAGUACAUUUGACUGCACCGAAAUAUUUAAUUCCUGAAUUGUUAAAUAUUACGCUACAUAAAUCUGAAAAAUUAUCUACUAGUAGAAAUCCUCAUAUUGAUUUGAUUUCUUGGAUAUUAGAACAAAAUCUUAAUGUUACUGAUUAUGCAUUCUGGUGUAUUACGUAUAUUGAUGUGAAAGAUAUUGAAAUAACAAAUUAUUUAUUGUCUCGUUUAAUUCCUCAUGCUAAACUCUUAGCCAAAGAUCAUUUAUUCUGUUAUUCACUUAUAUUACAUCUUGAUCGUGUUCGAAAAGCUACACUACCAGAGAAUGAACAUAUUAAGCUUCUUCGUGCUGUAUUUGAACACUUGUCAUUAUCAAGUAAAUGUGAUCUAUUACAGUCGCUUCAAUCAUCAUUGACAAAUUCUAAUCGUGCAACACCAUUACCAAAUUCAACUGGUCACUUUCAAACACGUAUACGUCAAUUAUUUAAUCGUUUAGUUGUUUCUAAUGUUGAUUCUAACGCCAAUGACGUUGAUGAUGAUGAUGAUGAUGAUGAUAAUAAGAAAAGUCAACAAAUGGUAAAUUUUUUCAAUAAAGAUUUUCUUUUAGAUUGUGAAUUAUUGUUAUUCACAAAUCCUGUACGAUUUUUAGUUGAAUUAAUUUGUUUACCGGUCAAUCGUAAAUGUCCUCAUUCAUUGAUUGCAGUUCAUCAACUUCUUGAUCAAUUACUAUAUGUAUUAGAAGUUCCUGUUAGUUUUUUCGCUGGAACAAAAUCCCAUCAACCUGAAGUAAACAAUGUUGAUGAUUGUACUACUACUACUACUACUACUACAGUAUCAGCAUCAGAGCAACAAUUUGUGCAUAGUACAAUUUUUCAAGAAUUAAUUUUAAUUGAUUGGUCAAAUCGUAAAUCAUAUUUAGACAUUACAUUAUUUGGUCAUGAAGAUCCAUAUGAUGAAGGCAAUAGUGGAACUGUAUUGAAUGUGUUCAACGCACAUUUCCAACGCAAAGAGGAAAUCAAUAAGAAUGAUUUAUUAAACAAUAAUAAUAAUAAUAAUAAUAAUAAUAAUAAUAAUAAUAACAGCAAUAAACUAUGUCAAUUUAAUAUGCCUGAAGAAGCAUGGUCAAGUUAUAAUUUAUCAGGAAAUCCUAUAUUGAAUACCAUCAUUUAUUUAUUUAAAAAGCCAAAUUGUUUCAUUCAAAUAAACAAUAUUAUGAAAUAUUUCCUCAUACUUGUAGAAAACACUAUCGCAAAUAAAUUCUCUUCUCAUAUUGAUCAUUUAACGCCUACAACUCACGCUACUACUACUUCUACUUCUGCUACUCCUCCUUCUUCUCUUCACAGUGUACACAUUCGAUUAUUUAUUCAUGUAUUAUUUUUAUUAAUGAAAGAUAAAUCUAUCCACAAAUUGUUACAUAAAAUUAAUUUCAAUGAAUUCAUUGAACAAAUUAUUCAUCUGUUCAAUAUUUUAUUUUUAAAUUCAUUCAACAAUAUUCAUCAUGAUAAUUCAACCAAUCAAAAUAAUCAAUCGAAUAGUAAACCAAUCAUUGCAGUGAAUAAUAUCAAUUAUCAAUAUUUAAUUUCAAAUGAAGUAGACAUUAUGUUGUUUGAGUUGAUUCAAUGUUCAAUUGAACAAUUCUACCAUUGUUAUUGUCUAGUCUCAACUAAUGAUGAGCAGCUAUCAUCAUCAUCAUCAGCCAUCAUCAUAGAUGUUGAACAUGAGAAAGUCAGUGAUGACCGACUUUCUCAACAAUUAUCAUCACUAAAUAAUAUUUUUCUACAUUUAAAUACAUUAAAACAACUUAUUCUAAAUUCAAUGUAUACAUCGAAUUGGUAUAAACAAAGAUUCAGUUUAUUGAAAUCUAUGAAUCAAUUGGAUGAGAAUAUGAAACAGACGGAUAAUGAGAAUUUGAAAAAUAUUAAUGAAUUAAAAGAUCGAAUAUUAGAUUUAUCAAUUGAAUUGAAUAAUGAACAGUGGAAUGCAUUGAAAUAUUUCAUGGAUAUUGAUAUGUUUUAUGAAAAUACUAACAUACAAUUUAAAACCAAUUCCAUGCUUCCAUUGCCAAUCGAUCAAACAAAAGACAAUAAUAAUAAUAAUUCAUUGUCACAGUCAACUACUACUACAUCACCUAACCAACAAGAUCAAUUUUUGAUAUCACCACGUUUAUUAUAUUUAAUAUUUCAACUAGCUACUGUUUGUAAUAAAUUAUGCAGUGAAAUAUUAAAGUCAAUGAUUAAUCAAUCAUUCAAAUCAAAUCAUCAUCAGUCAUGGAAUAAUUGCAUAUCGAAAAUUAGUUCUGGUCAUUUAAUAAUUGCUGUUCAAUUGUUUCUCCGAAAAACUGCUAAAUCAAAACAAUUGAAAUGUUGGGAGAGAUUAUACUUUCUGUUGGGUCAAUUACUCAAACUUGGUGUAUUAGUUUAUCCUAUACCGACUUUAUUAAGUUUCAAUCAAGAAAAAAAUGAUCAUACACUUUCAAGAUUAUUUUAUUUAUUCGAUUGGAGUAAACUUUGUGGUUCAUUCGAUCUGUUCACAUUCACAUCAGAUCUAUUCAAUUUAUGGUGUAUGUCAUUAGAAAUGCAAUCGGAUCAAUUGUUGAAUCCUCCACAAUUGACCAAUCAUCACUCGAGUGCUGCUAACAAUGACAAUAUAAAUAAUCGACAUACUGAGUUGUACAUACUUUGUCAUUCAUUAUCUGAUUUAAUUUCAUCCUUAUCUUCAGUGAUUUCUUUACAUUCUCAUAAAAAUGUUAAUAACAUUUGUAAUACUGAUAAUGAUAACGAUAAUACUAAUAAUAAUAGUAAUCUUAAUCCUUGUAAUGCUGAUGAUGAUGAUGAUGUAAUCGUUUCCUCAUUAAAAACUAAACAAUUUAUACAGUAUAGUAGACAAUUAGCUAUAAAUUUACUUGAUCAAUUAUCGAAUCGUUUGUCAAAUCAUCAUCAACAACAACUCAUCUCUAAUUUUCUAAUCAAUUCAACUUCUUCACCAAUGAAUAGUUCCAAUGCAUGGAAUCGUUUGGAACAGACAAUUUUAUUAGCAAAACAAGAAUUAAAUCGAGAUUAAAAGGAAGGAAUGGUGUAUAUGUUUAUGUAUGUAUAUAUGAUGCUUAGUUUUUAUUUUUGUAAUUAUUGA